AUGGAACUUCCGGAAAUGUUGCGAACGGAAUUCAACUAUACAUGCUCAUACUGGAAAGCUUGGAAAGCGAAAGAACUAGCGAUUGCAUUUGCGCAAGGAACAGAGGAGGAUUCAUACAAGAUGCUACCACAGUACUUCCAUGUACUCAAGCUAGCAAAUCCUGGAACAAUCACCGAUAUUAAAACCGAAAAAGACAAAGAAGGAAAAACAAGGUUUAAGUAUGCGUUCAUGUCCCUGAAAGCAUGCAUCGAUGGAUGGAAGUACCUGAGGAAGGUGCUAGUGGUGGACGGCACCCACAUGUUUGGAAAGUACAAAGGUGUUUUGCUAAGUGCCAGCGGACAAGAUGCUAACAGCCGCGUAUUCCCGAUUGCUUUCGCAGUAGUGGAAAGCGAGAACACCGAAUCUUGGACAUGGUUUUUCGAGAGGUUAUCCACUAUUGUAGAGGAUGGUUCUGAUUUAAGUAUAAUAUCAGACAGAUGCGCAGCAAUUUUCGCAGCGAAAGAUAAAUGGUACCCACGUGCACACCAUGGUAUUUGUCUCGUACACCUCCAGCGUAACGUUCAGGAUAAGUAUAAGGGGCUGCAACAGAAAGCAAUGGUAGGCAGAGCUGGGGAAGCGUUCAGAGUUUCAGAGUUUAAGGAGAUAAUGGAGCUUAUUAAACUGACGGAUUGGAGAUGCUGGGAUUAUUUGGAGAAGAUCGACAAGAAGCUAUGGACACGUUCACAUUUCGAAGGGGAGAGAUUUAACGUGAUGACUUCUAACGCUGCUGAAUCAUUGAAUAAUGCUCUUCUGUCCGCUCAUGAUAGUCCUAUAAUGGCAUUGUUCGAGUUUAUUCGCCGAAAGCUGUGUACAUGGUAUGUGAGCAGACGCAGCGAGAUCAGUAAGAUGAAGGGAAAUGUUCCAGAUAAUAUUCAAAAGAUACUGGUCGAACAGCUGGUGCUGUCAACGGGCCUUCUAGUUAUGCCAUGUUCGACUUGGUUAUUCGAAGUUACGCACAGGCCAACUAAUUUUGGUUCACGGUUGAUCUGGAUAAACGAACUUGCACUUGCCUCGAAUUCCAAAAGCUUGGUUUGCCAUGCCGACAUGCCAUUGCUGCUGCUUCUUACCGUAAUAUGCAGUACAGCAUGUUUGUUUGCAAACACCAUCUCAAAGAGACAUGGGCUGAAACAGUUAGGGGUAUCAUACUUCCGGUUCCGGAUCCAAAGGAUGUUGAAGUGCCAGCCGAAAUACUAA